ACCAAUCCAAACACUCUAUUGGUGAGAAGUCUUGUAAUCACGAUGACACAAGUGUUCAGGGACAUGCGGCUCUACGGUCAUAUUGCCGUCUUUUUGCUCGCGGUGACUGUCCUUGGCAUAGGCGCAGAUCUUGUCGGCACCCUUAGUUCCAAUUUCCAUCAUGAUUUCUCCAUAUUCUCCGUCGUUGUGUCGUCAUUAACAAUAGCUGCUUUCAUUAUACUAAACUAUUGGUCAUGCCCUUUGGUGGAGCUGAUCGUCCUAUUUGUGCUGGGUGUCCUAUGGUUAGCCACGGGAUCUUGGUCUGCGGAUAUUAUGGGCAGCAUACAAUGCGACGCCAUCAACAAAAGUCAGCGUAUCGCUACAAAAUCCGAGAGUAUGAGCGCUAGGAUAUGGUGCUACGAGAUGACCAUAAUCGAAGUAUUCUCUUGGAUGGAGUCUGCCCUCUUCGUGAUAUUCAUUUUGAUCCUCAUCACUUUGACAACUCGGGCAAAGGUUUUCGGUCGUUACCGCGCCUGGUCCGAACCCAUCCUCGAGCUACCAUGGUUUAGCGAGUAUCCGGCCUUUGGAGUGGGCGAGUCGGAAGCGGGUGAGAGCAUGGGUGGUGGAUCUGGGUAUUACUCUCCGAGAUCCGUGGCAGGUUACCCAACUGGAUUGCCGCCGCAGGCGUAUGGCAUGCCGCCACAGAUGGCGAACGGCGGAUACUACGUGCCUCAGCAACCUGGGCACUCGGUUGUCAUCAGACCUGGCAACAAUGAAAGGCCACCUAUCAUUGAGCAGGUACCGGCUCGAUAUUGAACGAUAGUAUGAUACGAAAGUAAUGAUACCAUGGAUGUGGUUUUAAACAAACGCUAUUAUGAAUGUACCUGACUGC